AUGCUCGGUUUCGGACAACCCAGUCACUUGGCACAAAUAGGUAUAUCCGUCGAGCCGCUGCAUAUGUUCAUGUCAAUGACGCCGGCUUCCGGCACCACUCCUCAACUGGUUGACUCGUUUACUCAGUUUUCGCAAAAAAUGCUAGAAAAUUUCUGCAACUUUGCCUCCUCGUUUGCCGUGAGCGCCAGCAGUGGAACGCUGAACCCUUCCGAAAGUUACGUCCCAAUGUCGUGUGUGCAGAAAUGGUAUGAGAAUUUCGUCCGACGAAUGUCUCUGGAUCCAAACUUUUGGCGUACCUGA